CUCAGGCCGUGUCGCCGGAGGAGUACGAGGUGAGUCGCCUUCAUCUACGAGACCAGAGUGUCUUCCUGGCUCUCCGGUUCGUUCGGGUUGAAAAAAAAGCAAGAAAACAAGUGUUCGAUAAAAAAGAUGAAACGGGCAACAAGAGAGAUUAUUUAUUGAACGUUGAUUAAUUCUGUCCCCGUGCCGGCAUCCGUAAAUAAAAAAUUGCUCUCUCGGAUUCGCCGAGUUGAAAGAGUUUUCCCUUCGAUUUAUCUCCUCGUCGAAAUACGCAAAAUCAAAGCGUUUUUUUAUGCCCAAAUGGUCGUGGCGAAUUCAACGGGAUGAUGACGCAAAUAAAAUGUGCACCGCAUCAAUGUGGCUGAUGAGGCUCCAUUCAGGCCUCCCCCACACCAAGGUAGCCGUUAGAGGAUGCACAAGCUAGCCAAGGGCCUGAAGAAGAAGAAAAAGUCGAAGAAGGGAAAGAAAGGAGCGGAGGAGGACGAGUUCGAUCCGGAAGAGCUCGAGCGUUACAGGCGAGAGCGGGCGGAGGCCCAAGAGAAAGCAGCAGCAGCAGCGGCAGCAGCAGUCUUAGAGGGCGCCGGGGAGGAGGGGGAGGGAGAGGCGAAGACCGGCGGAGGAUCAUCGGGCGGUGCGGGUUCGGACGAGUGGCAAAAGUUCCAAGCGUUAACGGCCGGAGUAGAUUCGAUAUUGAAGAAGACUCAGGGGGAUUUGGACCGGAUUAAAUCGACUUCGUUUUUCCAAAGGAAGGCCCCGGUCGAGGACGAGAAACACAAGCAACAAAAAGUCGCCGAGGCGGUCGAGGAGGAAGCGCGGAACAAGGCGAAGCGGUGGGUCGGUUUCGACAAGGACGGUAAUCCCAUUGAAAAGGAAGCCGGUGGAAGCGGCGACGAGGAGGAACGAGCCAAGGGGAACAGCAGGGAUAAACAUCCGCUCGGACUCGGAGAGGGGGGCUUCGUCGAUGUCCCGGAGGACGAGGAGGAGGACGAUGACUCCGCCGAGGAGGACAUUUUCGAUACGACUUACGUCGACGUGCUCCAGAAUAUCGACGUACAAUUAGCAUACAUACCGGAAAGCCCGACCCAGGAGGAGAUCGGGGACGAUCCCUUCGACACGAGCAACGCCGACAAGGUCCUCAAGACCGUCGACAAAAAGGGCAACAAGCUCGUCAGCCUCGGAAACGCGGUCGAAGUCCUCUCCGGGCGUAUCGAGCACGUCAGCACCUGCAAAAUCUCGAGAGCCCGGAAACCGCCGCGCACUCAAGACCUCCUGCUCGACGAAAACUUGGAAGAGACCGAUACCCAAGGGGAAAACAACCUGACCGCCGGCGAGGCGCUCGACGUUGAGAAAACUCUACUCGACGACGACUCCGAUCUUCCCGACAUACCGGCGAUCGACCUCGCCAAGCUACCUCCCCUCGCCCAAGCCUCCGCGACGCCCUCGAGCAACGACGAGCCUCACGGAGAAACGAGCGCUCGGAGCGACUUGGACAUCUCCGAAUUCGAGAUCCUCAAGGAAAAAACGAUCCUCGAAGAAAUACCGGACUUGGACGAGGCCGAGUUCGACUUUAACGGCCCCGCCGAUGAGCCCCCGCGCCUCGAGGAAGCCGACGAUCCCUUCGGGACCAAAGACACCGACGAGCUCAACUUCGAAGCUGAGAUAAUCGAGGCGAGCUUCGAAGCCGCCAGUUUCGUCAACGAAGAGGAUCCCUUCGAUACCACCUUCGCCGAAAACAUUUUACCGGGCAAAACCGAGCUCAAGUUCAUCGAGAAAGAGCUCGAGGAAUUACCGGCCUCCACCGAGGUCUCCAUCUCCCUCACCGAUCCAGCCGGAUUGAAGAGGGACUACGAAACCGGCCUCCUAAGCUCGGAUCCCUCGAGCAAAUCCAACAUCGAAAAGCAGCUGGUCGCCUCCGGCCCUGCCGAGAGCAGCCAAGACUUGUUGGGCGGCUCUUGUUCCGAUCUCGCGCAAUUGAGCGACCAACCGAUAAAGCCCGCUGAGGAGCUUUCCUACGUCGAUCCCUUCGAUACUUCGGCCGUUUCUGAGCUGCCGCCGGGUCAGACGGAGCUCAAGUUCCUCGAGCGGGAGCUCCUCGGCGGCGAUACCGGUAAGCUCCUCCGCGAGGCUUCCGAGACUCUCGACGACGACGAUUUUGAUCCGAGAAAGGAAGAGACGAAGGCUGCCCCACCCCCGAGACCAACGAGCCAACCGAAGCCGAGCUUCCAAGUGAUUUUCGAGCCCGAGCGAGUCGUCGCCGAGGGAGAAGAGGCUCCGCCGAGCGGGCCCCGCGGCAGGAAACCAUCGAGACCCGAAGUCCUUGGACUUGUGGCCGGCAAAACCGUGAACUUCGAGUUACCCACGCCCUCGAAACGUCCCGAUCUGCUGCAGACGAGCGACGAAGAGAAGUCAGUGGCUUCGACGAAGCCUCUGACUCCUUAUUACUCGCAAAAGUCGUUGGAGGAGGCGUUACCCGAAGAUCGGGAGGCCGAGGAGGAGCGCGACGUCGAUCCGUUCGACACGAGUUUCGUCGGCAAAGUAGCUCCAGGCAAAACCGAGCUGAGGCUCAUCGAGUCGGAGCUCCUGACGAAGCAGGAACCUUCCAAGUUGAAGCACAGUUUGAGCGACCACAAAUUCGACCCGAGGUCAGGCCUCGAGGCCGCAAAGGCGGAGCCCCGGAAAGGCAGAAGGCGAAGCGACUUUGGAACCGGCCUCGCCAACAGGCCGAACAGCAUCAAAGAACCGGGAGCUUCUCUCAUCGAGGAAUACGAAGUCUCGGCGAAGCCGCCCUCCGUUUACGAGGUCAACGAAGCCGCUCAUAGAAAAACCACCGAAAUCAAGAGACAAGAGAGCAUCCUCGACGCGGAGGUCGAAGUAGACGCGAAACCUCUGACGCCCCGGGUCGAGACGAGGACUCUCGAGGACAUCUCCUACGUCGAUCCCUUCGACACUUCCAUAGCGACGAACAUUUUGCCGGGGAAAGCCGAGCUCAAGUUGCUGGAGAGCGAAUUGAGCGAAUUGCCCUCGGAGCCCCAACCGAUCAGGUUCAACAGGAUCGACCUUGAGCGAGUCUCCGCGAAGCCGGUCACCAGCCUCGAGGACGAGGACGACUUCGACCCCCGAGCCGGAGAGACCGAGACCAAAUUGACCGCCGACAUCUUGUCGCUCGACGAGCAACAGGGCCCCGGUGACAAGGUGCUCACGCCUCUGCACAAUAAUCGACUCGGCUUCCCCGUCGACGAUAACGCCGACCCGUUUGACACGAGCUUCGCGAGUAUCGGGCCCGGCAAAACCGAGCUGAAGCUUUUGGAGUCCGAACUGAUGGCGAGUAGGCCGAGUCCGCGAGGAAGACGUUAUAAACAGUUUCGCUUGGGCGGCUCAACGAGACGAGGCUCGCCAACGAGAACGUUCCAAAAGAUGGCGUCCAAGGGAGGAGGAAACCCGUUCCUCGUGGACGACUACCCGGCUGAGCCUGAUCCGGCUCAGCAGGCUUCGAAUCCGUUCCUCCAGGACUUGGUCGACACUACCGGCUCGACGGCCGGAGGAGAAAAUCCGUUUCUCAAUUUCUCCGGGGAAGCGACGGCGUACGAGCCCCCCCCAACGGGCGGCGACUCGACAAACCCAUUCGCCUUUUUCGGAGUCGAACCACCCGAGGAGAAACCGUUUUCGGAGGCCGGAGGAGCCCCCCCUCCGACGACCAAUUUCUUCGGCCUCGAAGAAACCCCGGCGGCACCGGAACCCGUCGUCGUCGUCCACCAGGAUCUCUUCGUAACCGAGGACUCCCCGAAAUCCGAAGCCCCCGGCAUCUUCGGUGAGCCCCUCGAGGCCGAAAAACCCGCGGCACCGGUUGCACCUGCCGUCGCCAACAAGAACAAACCGACACCGGCGCGACCGCCACCGCCCCCGAGACCGCAUCCGCCUCUGCCGCCGAAGAACACGAAAGAUCUCAUCCUCUCGGUGACCGGCGCUCUCGACGCGACCUCCAACCACCUGCUGGAUCGUCUCCAGGCCACCCGGACACCGAGCCCGACCCUCAUGCACUCCCCGUCGCCGACCCCGGAGCACAGCUUCGCCGAUCUCCUCGACGUCGACUCCAACGUCCCCGAUCUCAUCCCCGACGACACCGGACAAGUCCUCACCUCCAAAAACCAGGACAUCAUGGACCUCUUCGACGUAUCCAACAGCCAAACUUCGGGCAUGUUUUCCGCCGCCGGUAUCGGCCUCGAUACCACCACACAACUCGUUUCCAGCACCGAAACCACUUCCGCUACCGGUUUUGUCGACGCGACCGCCCCCGUUGAGGAAAACCCCUUCGACCUUGGCGCCGAAGAACCGCAGAUCGUUACGGACACUCAGGAUUACGCUGAGGCUUCGGUCUCCGUCGACAGCGAUCUCGUACCCGGGCCCGAUGAGAAGAGGCUUUCGCUCGAUGCCGAGGUCGCAGCGUCGUUUUCGGUCGCCGAAACGAUCGGAGCGACUGUGCCGCCGGUAUCUUCCGGUUACGUAACGACCGCCUCCGAGUCCCAGCAUUUGUUUUCGGUUCCGGAUACGAGCACCGUUGCCACGACCGUGACGGCCCAGAGUUCCAUAGAAUUGCCGAGCACCGAAGCUCCGUUCGCGUCGACCGCUCCGGCCGGGAUUUUCGGGCCCGAUUCCAUAUUCAACGGUGCCGAGACGACGAACCCGAUCGUACCGGGCGAGCCGAGCAACGUUUUCGCCUCCGAUUUGCUGGCCGACUUUUCGAAACCUGACGAAAUCGUGGACGGACUCGCUUCCACGAGCCCGGUAACCGGGGCCGAAUUCCCAAUCGGCGAUGCCUACCGGAACGAAGAACUCGAGAAUUUUGCAGCCACGACGAGAAACGCCGUGAGUACGGACGACGCUUUCGACGCUUUUGCCUCGAAAUUCGAGCAGGCCGCCGAACCCGAAGCCUCCGGUGAUCCCUUUUUCGACGCUUUUGGGGGCGGCCAAGUCGCCAUGGACACUUCGAGCGACGUUUGGGGCGACUCGUCGGCGGCUGGAUCCGAAACCGCCGCAGCCGGAUUCGGAGAAAACGAAGGCUUCGAUUCGUUCUUAAGCAUGACGGCGCCACCCCAACAGGAACACAAAAUCCGGAGAACCGAUUCCGGCGAUUCGGACGACGCGCCGGACUUCACCGUUUUUAUCAAGCCGAAGGAAGGUGAUCACGGAGCAGUGUUGGAAGGUGGUCCAGUUCCGGUUUUGGCGCCGCCGCCGAAAAGCCCUCAGAAUUCGGCUUACAACGAUUCCUCGCCGCGUUUCAAUCCCUUCGACAAAUCGGCCGGAUUCGCGCAGGAAGCUGUUCUGCCUGCGGAAAGCGCGCAGACCGGCGAGCUCGCGAGAACCGAUUCGCAGGAAACUCCGCCGACCCCUCUCUUCGACGAAGACGUCAGUCAGCCUCUGGAGGACUUUCCCCGAGUUACUUACACCGGCGACGGUUGGGAGAUGCAACUGAGACAGCCGAACAAGAAAAAAAUAACCGGCCAGAGAUUCUGGAAGAAGAUUUUCAUCCGUUUGGUCUACCAGGCCGACAGCCCCGUUCUCCAGCUCUUCAACAACAAAGACGACAAAGAUCCCUUCCAGGAAUUGCCUCUCCUCGCUUGCUAUUCCGUCUCCGAAAUCGCUGCCCAACAAUUCGACCAAUACGGCAAAAUCUUCACGGUCAAACUCCAAUACAUUUUCUACAAAGAACGACCCGGCGUCAGACCGGGUCAGGUCACCAAGGCCGAGAGACUCACCAACAAAUUGAGUCAAUUCGCUGCCUACGCGAUUCAAGGGGAUUACCAGGGUGUCAAGGAAUUCGGCAGCGAUCUCAAGAAACUUGGACUUCCGGUUGAGCACGCACCGCAGAUCUCGCAACUCUUCAAACUGGGCUCGCAACAGUACGAGGACAUGAAACAAUUUUCGUGCGCCAUAGAGGAAGCUCUCUUCAGACUGUCGGCUCACAGAGACCGGGCCUUGACUUACAAAAUGGAAGAAGUUCAGAUAAGCGUCGUCGACGAAGUUUACGUCGAGCAGAACGCCGAGGGAUUCGUAGAGAAACAGAUUGCGCGAGUUCGACUAUUUUUCUUAGGCUUUUUGACAGGAAUGCCCGACGUCGAGUUGGGCAUCAAUGACAUGUGGCGCCAGGGCAAAGAGGUCGUUGGAAGACACGACAUAAUUCCAGUAGUUACGGAAGAAUGGAUCAGACUGGAGAACGUGGAAUUCCACUCGUGCGUGCAGCAAGACGAGUACGAAAAAUCGAGGAUUAUCAAGUUCAAGCCACCCGAUGCAUGCUACAUCGAACUAAUGAGGUUCCGGGUCAGGCCACCCAAGAAUCGGGAACUUCCGCUUCAGCUCAAGGCUGUCAUGUGCGUCACCGGAAACAAGGUGGAGCUCAGGGCCGAUAUUCUGGUGCCGGGUUUCGCCUCGCGGAAACUCGGUCAAGUACCGUGCGAGGACGUGGUCGUAAGAUUUCCAAUUCCAGAGUGUUGGAUAUAUUUAUUCCGGGUGGAGAAGCACUUCAGAUACGGUUCAGUCAAGUCGGCGCAUCGGAGAACCGGCAAAAUAAAAGGAAUCGAGAGAUUCCUCGGAGCCGUUGACACUCUGGAGCCCCAGCUGAUGGAAGUGACUUCCGGUCAGGCGAAAUACGAGCAUCAGCAUCGCGCCAUCGUUUGGAGGAUGCCAAGAUUGCCCAAAGAAGGCCAAGGUGCCUACACGACGCACGGAUUGGUAUGUAGAAUGGCGCUAACGUCCUACGACCAAAUACCGGAAAACCUCGCCGAAUACGCGUACGUGGAGUUCACGAUGCCAGCGACGCAAGUUUCCCAUACGACUGCGAGGAGCGUCAGUCUCCAGAACAGUGACAGUGACGCUCCGCCCGAAAAAUACGUGAGAAACCUUUCGAGACACGAAUACAGGGUCGGAAUCGAGCACACGCAGGGCGAGGGUCCGGGUGCGUACGUCGCCGCGACCAAGAAGAUACCCGAGGCGACACCGGAAGUGCACGAAGAAGUGCCGGAGCCGGGGCACGCGGAAUCGGACUCGGACUCUUCGGAGUAAAAGAAUAAAAACCAACGAAAAGUAAGAGGUGAACCUUUUGCGAGGAAAGUUGCGCCGUCAGACGUUCCAUGAUAAAUCAGACACGAAAAAACAAGAGAAAAAGUACCGAACGACCGAGUCACGGAUUUCAAAAGUUUCAAAAUAGCGUUACAAAAACUGUUAUGAUGCAACGUGUAAAUGCUGGAGGAAUUAUGCGAAUAAGGGAGCCGUAUUAUAAGCCGGAGGAUUUAUUUUUAAGGAAGGACAAUACGAAUUUUAUUUCGUUCGAUUUUCCGUACACGAUAGUCUUAGAUAUAAACUAACCAAGUAAGAAUAUAUUGUUGCAAAGCAGAAAAUACUAACGGAUUGUCCGUGUCGAGAUUUUUUUUCAAACACGUUUCAAAGGCCGACCGACGAUUCGUUUCCAUCGCGAAACAACCCUUCGCAUUUAACUCCGUUGACUUCGAGAUUUUUUUGCCACGCCGAUGCCUUCUUUUUCUUCAAUCGGCGCUCCAAUUUAUUUGACCAAAAUAGUGCAAUGUUCCAAAAAUUUAGUUUAUCAAAUUCUCAAUAUUUUCAAACUUUUAACUUUCCUUGAAUUCCAUCAUUUGAAUCCCACCGCUUCGCUGCUCGCUGUCCCCGUUCCUGCUGGGAGCACUUCUCCGGAGUGUUCUCCAUAACCAAGAGUCAGCACACACGCACCACCGUCGGUAGAAAAAUGCUCUGAAUUUUAGUCCAUUUUUUUUCACGAUCAAAAAAAAAGUCCCUCCGUUCAUCCCUGACGACUAAUUUUCUUAUGGCUUGCCAAAUCAUAAUUAUUGAUCUCAUGACUUUAAGCUAGUCGGUGUGUGAAUGAGUGUGAAAAAAUAUAUAAAUUCAGACAAAACUCGUGCAUAUCUUAUCGUUUGAAGAGCUGCAGAUGUUUUACGCCAUGUUAUCUAGUCGAUUUUUAUCAUAGAUUAUUGUUGUUAUGAUUGAAACAAUAAUUAGCGACGUACGUGACUAAAAGGAGAUAUGAAAAUGUAAUUAUUCCAAGUUCCAGUACUAAGUAUACGGAUGAAUACACGAUUACAUUAACAAUAAACAGAAAUUUGAAAAGUUGUGUGCAUAAUAAUAAUAAUAAUAAUAAUAAUAAUAAUGAUGAUGAUGAUGAUGAUGAUGAUAAUAAUCAUUACUGGUAAUAAUAAUAAUGAAAUAAUGAAUAACGACGAAUUGACACGAUUCGUUGACAUACUAAUAUUGAAAGAAAUAUAAAUACUAAUAAUUGUAACAACAAUAAUAAUUACGGUGAGGUAAGAAUUUGCGAUACGAUCGUAAAGUAAUUGAACAAAUGAAUAAUUAGUUAAGGAAGAAAGUAAAUAAGUUUCAUUUAAAUAUUGAGCUUUUUAGUUGACAAAACAUGUCACGUUUAUCGAGAUUCUGAAAAGAACCCCAGCAAAGGCCAAAGAUAUACAGCUAUUGAAAAAUAAAAGGAUGAUCGCGUCCUGGUUUAAAAAUACGUGUAUAUGAACGAAUAUUCUUGAGUCACGUCUAGUCUUAAUUAGUAUAAGAAAAAAUAAAAUCGAAACAUGAUAAUAUACAAUUUGUUUGUCGUUAUGAAAAAUAUUGUCACACGUCAGACGAUGAUUAUUCUUAAAAACAAAAUAACGAUUCGUUUGCAUUCGGGAAGUUUUGAUUCAUUGAUUUAUCAGAUUUUGCAAAUAUUAUUUUUUUCAAAAUCAGUUGAAAAACAUUGUAACCGUUUCGUCGAUGGGCUCUGGCCUCAUAAUUCAAUGAAAACAUGACAGUUUUAAUGGUUUAUCGAAUGUUGAAAAAUUAGGGUAAAUAUCGUUCGAGGGAGAGAUUACUACUGUAGAAAGCAUUAAAAAUAGUGUGUAAAUUAGUCGUAAUAAUCUAGUCAUCUAAGUCGAGUCAAUCUCGAUCUAGUGGUAAGUUUCAUUUUUGUUAUUUAUUUUUUAUUUUAAACAUUUGAUCGUCCUGCGAAGGACACGAGGAGUGAGGUACUAGUCCCUAGUUUGUAAGGAAAUGAAGAAACGUCGUUCACCGAUGAAUGCGACGCUGCUGUUGAAAAUCGUGUAAUAAUGUCAGUGUGCUGUAAACGUGUGCUCGUUUUCACGUGAGAAUGUUUUCGCUCUUCAAUGUCUUCUUUUCGUAAAAGAUCGUUCUGUUCGACAUUCUGCCACGAGUUAUAUUAUCAUUUUUAUGCGUUUGAGGACAGUGACAAGCAAAACGUUGAUGAACGAGCUUUCAUUCGUUCGCGAGGAGUGUGGAAUUAGCUGUAAGCAAUUCGUCGUUGGUUGAACGAAAAUGUCGGUCUUUGAAACGGAUCCAAGGUCGGAUGGACAAUUUUUUUUUUUUUUCUGACGAUGGGAGGAGAAAUAAAUGAAUUAUUAAUUCAUCGAACUUGAGGGGCAAGAAAUUCGAUCGAUGCUCGAACUAAACAUUUCUCUUCGUGUUACAAAACUCAUGGAAUUUGUGAAAAAAACGAUUUUUUUGUAAUUUCUGUAGCUUCGAAAUUUUGUUAUCCGAAAAAUCCAAUUGUAUUCGAAACAUCUUCAUUCUUCACUAGAUCGAAUAAUUGCAAGCUUGAAAGUUCGAUGUUCGCAGCUCGUGAUCUCAUAUUCCACAAAUAAACACCCGAAAUAUUGAUGUAAGGUGCAUGUAUAGAGGGUUAAAUAAAAAUUAAAAAUUAAACGACGAAAUUUCGAAUAUAUGCGAGUUCAUUGACUGAACGAUUAAUUAGGUCAAUCAAAGGGUGUUUCGAAGCUCGUUCGGAACUUCGUUUCGACGAGCUUUUUAGGUCUCCGAUCUUUCGGUGUUUUGUUUCAGUCACUUGCGCCCAAAAGAAAGAAAGAAAAAAAACGAUGAAAUUCGUUGUGCAACAGGCCAGAAAAUCGAGGUCGAAACUCUAGUCGUUUUAUUUUAAGUAUUUGAUGAAUGUCUUGUACAUUUUAUUGCGACUACCGUGGCUCGGUCAGCCGUCGUCGCGUGUGCUUCGGAGGAGGAGACUCCGAGCUCCCGAGGAUUCGUGACAAAAAGUCAGAGCUCGAUAGGAAAGGGGAAAAUCCUCAAAACAAAGAAAAGCUUAUCCAAUUAUUCUUUUUUUCUUUUUGAAAAAUCGAUUAUAUCAACGAUCGCAAUAAAUAAAAGUGACAAGAAUUGUUGAAUCGCGUAAUGAGCAAAGAAAAGACGAUUGUGGGUCCGAAUUUUGGCUGCAUUCCGUUGGUAAAGGCAAAAAAUAAUUAACAAAAUUCACAAUAAGUUAAUGUAAAAAAUAAAUAAGAGUGAUAAUGGCAUAAAGUUUUGAGACUGAAGGUCGGCAGAUUUUUGUUUCGCGAGACUUGGCGAAACCAACGGUGGAUUGUCCAGAUACCACGUAUACACAUACACACACACGCACGCACGCGCGAACUUACGAAAAACGUCGGCAAAGUUGAGUGAUGAUAAUGAAAAAAAAAGUGUCAUACGAAGAGAAAAUUCGAUGACAGAACGAAGCAUUUUUUAAAUUGUAGAUCCACGAAUGUUUCCGUUGUUAUUAGUUGAGACUCGAAUUCACUUUAGUGAGAAACGUAACCUCGAACAUUCCUUGCGCGAACAGUUGUAGCUUUGUUUGGUUAGAAAAACAUUCCGAGGAUAGACGCGUCGACGGGGUUCAAAAGUCGCAAAAUACCUGAGAAACCCGAAUCCCGUCGAUUUCCAAUCGAAAAAUGAUCAUUUCCAUUAAUCAUACGUACAGAAUGCUCCGAGCGUUGGCCGAAUUUUUGUAGACUGAUCGCAGACCGCGUUAUUCCGAAGAGAAAAGUUUUCGGGUAUUUUUUUUCUCUACCACUCGGCGGACUCGGCGUGUAGCGGGAUAUCGAUGUGGAAGGGCGACCAGCCAAUCCGGUGCGACGACAGCUCUCGCAACUGUCGAGGCCAGGGAUUGGCUAUCGCUCAUCAGUUGACAAAAAUCUCGAACGGCACGUCCGAGGUGAAAACGACAAAGGACUUUUCUCUUCAGAAUUUCACGAUCUUCGAGUCUGUGAACUCACGAGCUUGGUAUUGGCAAAAUUCUGUGUAACAAGUAUACUACAAAUAUAUUAAACAUAUUAUAAAUAAUGAAAAAAAAGUACUGAACAUCAGCACGCGUAGAGUGCGUGUGUGCAAGCAGUGAAAAAAGGAAUCGACAUAAACACCUCUAGAAAACAAAAACGUAUGUAAAAUAGGCUUAAGGCGCACGUAAAUAUACAUAAAUAUAUAUAAAUCUAUAUAUACACAUAUAAAUAUAGAGUGUAUGCUACGAUAAUGGGAAACAAAAAGAAAAUGUGAAAGAACGAGAAUAUCAAUGAUCAUGUGUGUGUAUUAUAAUUCCUGGGGAGCACUGUAGAGAAUUGUGUGGAAAAUAUAGAAACGUGAAUAUUCGGGAGCAAACGAAAGAAAGGAAGGGAAAAAAAGAGAGAAUAAAAUUUGAAAAUGAAUUAUGAAAAUCUGUAAUACUGUUUAGCUUAUGAAACGAAACAGAUUCUAUGUAUCGGAGAAUAACAUGAAAUUGUUUAAGCAAUUA